AUGGACAUUGACAUUCACAUUCACAGUCAAGUUUACGUUUACAGAGACAUUCAAUUGGACGUUCACGUUGACAAUCACAUUCACGUUGACCUUCAUGUUGAUGUUGACAUUGAAAUUGACGUUCACGCAGAUGUUGAUGUUGACCUCGAAGCUUUUGUAAACAUUGCCGUUGAAAUUUAUUUUGAGGUUAAAAUUGACAUUCACAUUAACGUCAACACUGAUGCUCAGGUUGACGUUCACAUUAAAGAUCACGUUCACAUUAAUGUUAACAUUGACGUUUACAUUAAUGUUAACAUUAAUGUUCACGUUCACUUUAACAUUGCGUUGACAUUGACAUGUUACAUUCAUGUUCACAUUGAUGUUCACGUUCAUGUAUAUGUUGACAUAGAGGUUGAUAUUGAAAUUCAUAUUUGCAUUCGCAUUGAGGUUCAUGUUUACGUUGACAUUAAUGAUGACGUUCACAUUAACGUUUAUAUUUACGUUGAUAUUGAUAUUUACGUUGACAUUGACAUUCAUGUUCACCUUCAUUUUGAGGUUCACAUUUAUGUUCAAGUUAACAAUCACGUUUAUAUUGACAUAUAUAUUCACAUUGACAUUAAUGUUGAUGUUAAUGUUGACGUUUACAUUGACGUUUACAUUGACGUUUACGUUGACAUUCACGUUGAAGUUCACAUUUAUAUUCAAAAUGACAUUGACAUUUCCAUUGACAUAUACGUUCACAUUGAGGUUCACAUUCACAUUCAUGUGGACGUUCACGUUGAAAUGGAUGUUCACGUAGAUGUUUACAUUGAUGCUCAUGUUGAUAUUCAUAUUAAACUUCACGUUCAAGACCACAUUGACAUUGACGUUCGUGUUAUUGUUAACAUUGAUGCUCACGUUCACAUUGAGGUUGACAUAAAUGUUCACGUUGAUAUUGAUGUUGACGUUCACGUCGACAUUAACAUUGACAUUAACUUUGAUGUCGACAUUGAUGUUGACUUUAAUGUUGACCUUGAGAUUGACGUUAACAUUGAUGUUCAUGCUGACAUUCAUGUUGAUAUUUACAUUAGCGUUGAUGUUCACAUUCAUGUUUACAAUGACGUUGAGGUUGAUGUUCACAUUGACAUUGGUAUUCACGUUCACAUUGAUGUUUUCAUAGAUGCUCACGUUGAUGUGCACAUUCAUCUUCACGUUGACGCUUUUAUAGACGCUCAUAUUGAUGUUCACAUUGACAUUAAAGUUUACAUUGGCGUUCACACUAAUGUUCACAUUAAUAUUUACAUUGACAUUAACGUUCACGUCGACAUUAACGUUUAA